CCAGUGCCGGGAAAAUGCUUACAAUAAAGACGAAGCUGUGGCUCCUAUUGGCGACGAUCCUUUGGCAAUGGUGCCCGAUCGGGUCGACGGAGCUGGACUGGUGGCAGAAGACGGUGAUCUACCAGAUCUACCCGCGCUCCUUCCAGGACUCGGACGGCGACGGGGUGGGCGAUCUGCGGGGCAUCAUUCACAGGGCGGACUACAUUCGGAGCGUCGGGGUGGGCUGCAUCUGGAUGUCACCGAUAUUCAAGUCCCCCAUGGUCGACUUCGGCUACGACAUCACCGACUACAAGGCCAUCGACCCCCUCUUCGGCACCAUGGAGGACUUCCAGGAGCUUCUCCACGUCUACCACGAGCUCGGAAUCAAGGUGUUGUUGGACCUGGUGCCGAACCACACCUCGGACGAGCAUCCGUGGUUUCAGAAAUCGGUAGCAGGCAUAGACCCGUACACGGACUACUACGUCUGGGUGGAGGCCAAGAAGGGGGCCAACGGGACCCGGGAGCCGCCCUCCAACUGGCUCUCCACCUUCUCGGGCUCCGCUUGGACCUGGAACGAGAAGCGGGGGAAGUACUACCUCCACCAGUACCAAGUCAAGCAGCCGGACCUCGACUACCGCAACCCCAAAGUCCUCGACGAAAUCCUCGACGUCAUCCGCUUCUGGCUCGACAAGGGUGUCGAUGGCUUCCGCGUCGACACCGCCUGGACUUUCGUCGAGGAUAACAGGUGGUUGGACGAGCCGCGGUCGAACAAAUCGGGGGUUCCCCUGGACGACGUGGACUCCCUGGUGCACAUCUACACGCAGGACCAAUGGGGCUCGUACGAGGUGGCGUUCGCGUUCCGGGCCCUCCUGGACGAGUACACCCGGAAGACCAACUCGACGAAAUUCCUGACGACGGAGGCCCACACCUCCAUCUUCUUCAACAACCUCUGGUACGGGAACGCCACCGUGCCCGGCUCCCACUUCCCCUUCAACUUCCUCUUCCUCUCGGACGUGAACCAGAGCUCCACGGCCGCCGACUGGGCCCACGUCAUCAACGAAUACUACGACGCCCUCCCCGAGGGAGCCUGGCCCAACUGGGUCAUCGGUAACCACGAUACUCACAGGCCGGCGACUCGAUUCGGACGAGUGUUCCUGGACUGCCUGCACUUCAUCCAGUUCCUACUUCCGGGCACCUGCAUCACGUACAACGGCGAUGAAUUCGCCAUGGAGGACACCUACGUCCGUUGGUCCGAGACGCUGGAUCCCCAGGCUAUAGGGGCUGGAAUCGACCGUUUUGAGGAAAAAUCCCGUGACCCGGAGCGGUCCCCGUUGCAGUGGAACUCGUCCACCUCGGCCGGGUUCUCGACGAACCGGACGACGUGGUUGCCGGUGAACCCCGAGUACUACUCCUUCAACGAGGCGGCCCAGUCGGGGCAGACCAAGUCCCACCUGAGCGUCUACAAGUCCCUCAUACCCCUCAAGCUCCUCCCGGUCGUCCAGGAGGGCGUCCUCCAGGUGUGGGCCCACGGCGAGGUCCUCGUCAUCACCCGCGCAGGGCGCGAACAAGUCGAGUUCCUGACCUUGGCCAACAUCGGCGACUUCGAGACGACCGUCGACCUCUACGCCCUCCUCCCGGCCGCCAAGUGGCGCGUCUACGCCUCCAGCCUCAACUGCGAGCAUCUGGAGGGUGACGUCAUCUAUGACGGCGCUUUGAGACUUCGGCCGAAGGCAGGCGCUGUGCUGACCAAUGAGAGCGCUACCGGCGCUGGCGGGUAUUUGAGGGGAUGAUGUCGGGUAAAAGAGGGAGCAAUGGCGUGGCGUGGCGUGCUUUGCGAUACAUCGA